UGCAAAGUAUUAGCAUAGAUUAUACAUAAACCAAACACGGCCUUAAUACCCGUCCGUCAAUAUAGUUCCGUAGUCCCUAAAUAGUUGGGGAUCCUCUGAUUCUGUAGUUUUCGAAAUUCUUGAGAAUCAUUUGGAAUUUCAAGAUUCUUGAAUUUUUGGUUGACAAUUUUGCAUGGAAUUUGGAAUUUCUGAAAACCAAUUAAGCCAUUUGAAUCCACCCUUUACAAGAAUUCUGGGUUUCAGACGAAGCCCAGAUGUGAUUUUGAGAAUAGAAAUGGAAAGAUCAAUGUCUCUGUUUCAGAUGAUGGUAAAUGAAGGUUUAGUGCCUUCUGCAGCGGAGGAAAUGAAGAGGAGAAAUGCUAUUGACAAGCUUAAAAAGAUAGUAGUGGAAUGGGUUAAAGAGGUGACUUACCAGCGAGGUCUUCCAAAAAAGUACCUUAAGUUUGCCUCUGGGACAAUAUUGACAUAUGGAUCGUAUGGUUUAGGGGUUUAUAAUUCAGACUCAGAUAUUGAUGCUUUGUGUGUUGGUCCUUACUUUGCCACUAUAGCUGAAGACUUUUUCAUCGUUCUGCAUAACAUGCUUGCGAGCAGGCCUGAAGUAUCGGAAAUCCAUUGUGUCAAGUAUGCAAAAGUUCCUCUGAUGCGAUUCAAAUUUGAUGGGAUAUCCAUUGAUCUUCCCUAUGCACGACUCAAAGUAAUAUCCAUCCCUGAGAAUGUGGAUGUUUUCAAUCCAUUCUUUCUGAAGAAUAUCGAUGACACGAGCUGGAAAAGUUUGUCUGGUGUGCGUGCCAAUAGGAGCAUUCUUCAUCUUGUGCCAAACAUAGAGCUUGGAUUCUUUGGAGGAGUUCACUUGGCUGUGCUUUCAGCGUUUAUCUGCCAAAGGCAUCCAUCCGCCAGCUUAAGCGCACUCAUUUUACUUUUCUUCAAGACAUUUGGCUUAUGGCCUUGGCCAACUCCUGUAAUUUUGCAAGAGACUAUAGCUCGGCCAUUCAUCCCCACUGAUAAGGUGUCGUGGAUGCCAAUCCAGUUACCGUGUAGCCCAUACGAAUUUUGUCAUUCCAACAUUACCAGAAGUACAUUCUAUAAAAUCAGGACCGAAUUCCUAAGAGGUCAUAUGCUGACUAAGGAUAUGCUGAGGCCAGAUUUUGAUUGGAAUAUCCUUUUUGAGCCAUUUCCUUAUGCAAGAAGAUACGGACUCUUCGUCAAAAUUUUCCUCUCAGCUUGUGACAAAGAUGAGUUAGGAGACUGGGUGGGUUGGAUCAAGUCACGCUUUCGCUCUUUACUUGUCAAGCUGGAGGAGUUACUUGGUUUUUGCGACCCCAACCCGACUGAGUACGUUGACACAGAUGCAUCAGAGCCUAAUGUCAUCCUCUAUUGGGGAUUACCAACUAAUAGACGCGAUCUAAUAGACGCUGAUCUUGUGGAGGAAUACUUUCUAAAGAGCAUUGACAAUGGAUAUCAAGGCUCGACCGGAAAGAUGAAGUUAUCGAUCGUGAAAGCAAAUCAGUUGCCUAAAAAAGCUCAGUUUGCUUUCGAACGAAAGAACACUAAGCCGUGUUGGAGGGUUGUCGAUGACAAUCGCAAAAAAAACAAUCCACGGUCCAAGUAUAGUAAGCCUCAUUGUGCUGACGAAUAUUUGCCUACAAAUGAUAGUCCCGAGUACCCUAGCGCCGGGGGAUAAUAGGCUGCUGCUGUUCUGUUUCUCUAUGCUUAACAUCUUAACACAGGUUUUGACACUGCAUAUAUUCGUCGUGAAAACAAACUUUGUACAUUUGCAUUGUGUUACCUUUAAUGCUCAUUUGACCCUCAACGACCAUGUAAAUGUUUUUUUUUUGCUACUAACUAACUGAAGAAAAGUUGAAUACUGAUGUUAUGAAAUGGUUAAGUCAAUAAAAAUGAUCAAAUAUGCUGUUUUUUUUUUA